GGUGAUUAGCGCAGUCGAGGGGUUCAGUGGUUGGUGUGGGGGCGAGGAGCUGUGGUGCAGUUUUAGCAGGUCCUUCUCCUGUUUCGGAUUUCUCUGCUGCUCCACGAGCCAGAGUCGUUCGAUUCAUCCAGCGUACCUGGGGACGCUUGAUUUGCCUUUUUACAUUUGGAGCGCCAAUCCUGGCGUCUCAGACAGGUCGCAGCGCGAUGUGCUGCGUCCGCUAGAUCACAUACCCGCGGGAACUUCCCGGAACUUAGUCACGAUUGGGAGCAAGACCCCGCUGCGUCGCCCGGGUUCCGGGCUCCACGGCGGUGCCCUACCCCGGCGCGUUUCCCACGUGCUCGCUACCUAGCUACAACACAGCCCCGCGCGCCUGGAUCUCUGCACCGACAGAGCCAGGCCGCCCCGUUG